GAUGGAUAGAUGGUUGGAAAAUAAAAAUACAAAAUGAAUUAGUCGAGUUCCCCCCUUUUGAAAUACAUGUAGUCUCAUUAAAAAAGAAACCCCUUGUUAUUCAAAAAUAAAUAGAAAAAUUUAUUAAAAAUUGUUAAAAGAGUGAUGAAAUUUAUAAUUCUAAGAAAAUAAUAAAUUUAAAAAAAAGGGGGAAAUUUAAGUGCGAAUUAAAAGUCCUUCCGCAAGGACGACAUUAAAUCAUAAGAAAAACAAAAAUCGAAAAGAAAUUUUUAUAGUUCAAUUUUAUUCAUCAUCUUCUUCUUCCCGUAGUCGUCGUCGUCGUCUAGUAAAAUUAUACCUACAAACCUACCUACCUACAUAUUUUAUAAGUCAAGUGAAGAAAAAUAUCCCUAAUUGUUCGUUGUUGGGACUGUCGUCUCGUUCACACUGCCGGGGUUUUUAUUCGCUCUUUAUUUUUAACAAAUAUAUAACUAUCUCAUAUUUAUGUGUAUAAAAUAAAAACAAAAGUAGAAUUAUAUGAUUCGUCGUGUGUUCAAGAAAUUGAAGAAUUAAAAGAAUAAUAAUAUUAAAUAAAAUAAAUCCAAUCUAAAAGAAGGUAGCUUUAAAUACUCCAAUCUACUCUACUCUAAUCUCCUACACUUGUGGAUUUUACCGCGCGCCUACUUUUGGUUGAAAAGUGGUUAAAUAAUAGAAAAUACCUUAAGAAGAAUUAAAUCAAAUAAAAUCGCCAAAAUUGUUUUCAAAUAAAUUUACAAACCCACGAAGUUAUGAAUAAAAAAGUUACAAAUAUUACAAAAUUGUUGUCUUAAUGAAAAAUAUAAACGGUCAACAACAAGUUUUAAGUAACACAAUGCCAGCUAUGCCAAAAGAAAAAUCCACACCCGUAUCGUUGAGUGAGAGUAAUUUCUCAGAAUUAGAAAAAAUGAAAGAACAAUUGAUGAUGGCCACAUCAACUCAAUCAAAUGUACCAACAUCAAAUUCAACAAAUAAUAGCAGCAGAUAUGGUGGCGUUGGUGAUCAUCAUCAUAAUCAUCAUCAACAACAACAACAAUCACAUCACAGAAAUAGUGUUUGUGGAUGUGGUGCUAUAUCAGCGCCAAUUGAAACAUUAAAUCGGAUACCAUCGGUUUUGACAGCUUCAACAGUUUCUGCUUCAAAUGGAACAACCUCAUGUUCAACAACAAUAAACACAACAACGACUUGUUCGAGAAGCAAACAACUUCAACAUCAUCAUCAUAAUCAUCAUUCAAAUCAUCAUCAACAACAAAAGCAGCUAAAUGGAAAAACAAAUCUCACAACAGACUCAAAUAAACUAUCAUCAUCAGGUUUAUCACAAACAACAACAACAACAUCAUCGUCUUCAUCAUCAUCACCAAUUAAAACAUCAACAACAACAAAUAAUACAACAUCAACAUCGCCAGCAUCAUCAUCAACACCUCCAACAGCAGGAACAACGCCACCAAAGAAAUCACCAAAUGAUUUUGUAUUUGGCAAAGUUAUUGGUGAAGGAAGUUUUAGUACGGUCUUUUUGGCAAUGGAUGUUCAUACAAAACGUGAAUAUGCAAUUAAAGUGUGUGAAAAACAACACAUCAUCAAAGAACGCAAACAAGAGUACAUAAGACGUGAACGUGAAGUCAUGAAUGUUAUGACCAAUGUGCCUGGUUUUGUGAAUCUCUCAUGUACGUUCCAAGAUAAUCGUUCAUUAUACUUUGUUAUGACCAUUGCCAAAAAUGGUGAUCUCCUGCCGUAUAUAAAUAAAGUUGGUUCCUUCGAUUUGGACUGUACGCGUCAUUAUGCUGCCGAAUUAGUAUUAGCCUGUGAGAAUAUGCACAAACGUAAUAUUGUGCAUCGUGAUUUGAAGCCCGAAAAUAUUCUACUCGAUGAAAAUAUGCAUACACUGAUUGCAGAUUUUGGUUCAGCGAAGAUAUUAGAUAAUGAAGCAACAUCAACAUUAACAGUUCCAACAUCAUCAUCAGCAUCAACCAACUCACAACAACAAACAUCAUCAACACCAUCAUCACCUGCUUCAAGAUCAUCAUCGAUUGAAAAUAAUCAACAACAGCAACAGGGACCUGGUAAUUUUCGUCGAAGGAAAAAUAGUUUUGUUGGUACCGCCCAGUAUGUAUCACCUGAAGUGCUCCAAAGUCAACCCAUCCACCGAACAGCCGAUUUGUGGGCAUUGGGUUGUAUAAUAUAUCAAAUGAUAUCUGGUUUACCACCAUUCCGUGGCAACAAUGAAUUUAUGAUAUUCAAAGAGAUUCUCAAUUGUAAUUUGGAAUUCCCAGAUGGUUUUGAUAAAAAUGCCGAAGAUCUAGUCAGAAAGCUAUUGAAGCUAAAUCCAAAUGAAAGAAUUGGCGCCCAUGAUAAGAUUGGUUGUUAUGAGAGUAUACGAUCACAUCCAUUCUUUGAGGGUGUUGAUUUUGAUGGAAUUCGUGAGCAAGUACCACCAACGAUAUAUCCAUAUUUGCCAGGUGUUUCCAAAGAUGAAGAAUUCCGUAGUCAAUAUCGUGUUCCAGAUGAUUUGGAACCUGGUCUAGGUGAUCGACAAUUGACACGAUUGUUAGGCAUGGAAUUGGGAACAUCUAUGGAUGGUUAUGAAAUAGAGCGAAAGACUGUUAGAAAAAAUAUAUUUGAUCUGUCCGAUAUUGAAAAACAAAAACGCCUCGAACAACAAAAGUCUGACAAAUGGCAUCCAUUUGCCAAAGGUGAAGUUAUCCUAAAGAAAGGUUUUGUUAAUAAGCGAAAAGGAUUAUUUGCUAGACGUCGUAUGUUAUUGCUAACAACUGGACCACGAUUGAUUUACAUCGAUCCGGUGCAGAUGAUUGAAAAGGGUGAAAUUCCAUGGAGUUCAGAAUUGACAGUUGAACCUAAGAAUUUUAAAAUCUUCUUUGUGCAUACGCCCGAUCGAACAUACUAUCUUGACGAUCCUGAAGGUUAUUCUCUUGAAUGGGUAAAUGCCAUUGAAAAUGUCCGUAAUGUAACAUAUAGUAACGAUCAACAAGACUCAAAUAAAAAAACAUCAUCGUAACUUCAGAAAAAAA